AAAGACAAACCCCCAUUUAGGAAAAGAACAGAGUCUUACCGAUUCACGUCUCGUUGAUCUGUUUAGCUCCAUAUGUGCAGAUGGGUGAUUAAAGCUAGGUUCUUUCAUCCAUAAAUUUGCAAGAAAGGUUCUUCCUUUGAUUCGAUCAUGGCACAAUCUGACAAGGGUGAGAAGAGGAUUGUAGGAGAUUAUGUGGUGGAGAAACAGAUUGGGUCUGGUUCGUUUUCGGUCGUGUGGCUAGCUCGACAUAGGGUUCAUCAAAAGGAGGUCGCGAUUAAGGAAGUUAUAACUGGGAGGUUGAAUAAGAAGUUGCAGGAAAGUCUUAUGUCCGAGAUUGUUAUCUUGAAGAAGAUUAAUCAUCCUAACAUUAUUCGAUUACUCGACAUCAUUGAGGAAACUGGAAGGAUAUAUUUUGUAUUAGAGUACUGCAGGGGAGGUGAUUUGUCCAUCUUUAUUCAACGACGCCAUGGAAGAGUGUCGGAAGCUACAGCUAAACAUUUUAUGCAGCAGCUAGCUGCUGGUCUACAAAUCUUGCGUGAUAAUAACCUCAUACAUCGAGAUCUGAAGCCACAAAAUCUUCUGCUUUCUGCAAAUGAUGACAAUGCCACCCUCAAGAUUGCGGAUUUUGGAUUUGCAAGACCUCUUCAACCUAAAGGCCUUGCUGAAACAUUGUGUGGUUCUCCACUUUACAUGGCUCCAGAAAUAAUGCAACUUCAGAAAUAUGAUGCAAAGGCAGAUCUAUGGAGUGUUGGUGCCAUCUUAUUUCAGCUUGUAACUGGAAAACCUCCAUUUACUGGAAACAACCAGAUACAGUUAUUUGACAAUAUCAUGAAAUCAACAGACUUACAUUUUCCGCCAGAUAAGAAGAAGGAUUUGAGUCCUGAGAGCAUGGAUUUGUGCAGAAAAUUGCUUCGCCGUAAUCCAGUGGAACGGUUGACAUUUGAAGAGUUCUUUAAUCAUCCUUUUUUAUCGUUAAGACACAAAGACGAUAUUUUAAGGAGUAGAGUGGCACCCAGAAGAAUAGGUACUGUUUCUCUUUAUGAGCGCAAUACUUUAAAUAGCGCAGAAGAAGAUAGGUCUGAAGAAGAUGCUUUGCCUUUCAGUCUUGAAGAUGAAUCUAAUGCAUCUCCUACCUUAAGGCUUCCAUCCAUGAAGUCUUCGUCUCUUGACAAGAAAGUAGAGUUUAACACUUUGGUGAAUAUGGACUUCACCCCCAAUUAUAGGAAUAGUUUAUAUAAGCAAAAAAGUGCUGGCCUUAACAGUUGGAAAUAUCCGGAGCAAAAACCAAGAGCCUCUUUGAAAUCGACUGAUCAAAGACCACAACCGGCUUCAUGUCAGAUAGUUCCUGAUUCAUUCGACUUCGUUGAUCAGGAGUAUGUUCUUGUACCUGAUAUCCCAUUAGAUGUGUCUUCUUCUCCUACAAGUGCUUCCAAGCCAUGUAAAUUGGGGAGUCUACAACAGCCACAGCCAUCCAUGAGAAUGAACUCUGGCUCUAUUGAACGGAGCUUUAAUAGUCAUGACUCGGCUCCAUCAACUGAUUGCACAGCCAGGAUGAAGUCAUUGCAACAUUUCGCAUCUGCUAUUACUGAAUUAGUAACUGAAAAGGUUGAGAAGGGAAGACAUUUAGAAGCAUUCUCCCUUCAGCUUGUAAUCCUUGCAAUAUGGAAGCAAGCGCUUAAUAUUUGCCAUACAGAAGCUGCUGCAUCAACCGUUGAUAAGAGACACAAGCAGAAGGAUAAUCAUCCAGGUGUUUGCUCUCGUAUUGAGGGGACAUUUCUUCUUGAACUCGGGAAUGCUGAGAAUCUUGCAAAGAUGGUCGAGAAUGGAAAUGAAGAGAUGCCAGAUGCAAUGGAAACAAUUUACCAAUCUGCACUUGCUUUUGGCAGACAUGGUGCAGUGGAUGAAUGCAUGGGCGAUAUGCAAAAUGCAGCGAUUCUCUAUUCGAAAGCGACAUGUUUGUUGGCCUUCCUUCUAGUCGACGCACAAUCACUUAUUCUUAACCCACCAUUCUCACUCACCAGCACAGAACGAUAUAGGCUUCAAAAUUACAUGGAUAUAAUCAACAAUAGGGAAAGUUAUUCCAAGUCUCAGUUUACGACCCUUCUCAAUUGCGACGAUCAGCUGCGUUCGUCUUGAUUUUUAAAGAUAUUUGUUGUCUUGUGAAUUGAAACUGUACAGUUAUUCAUUUGAUUGCCUUUGUUUGAUAUUAUCAUUGAAUUUGAACUUCUUUA